AUGGCGGUGAUAGCCAACUUGGCUAAUACCAUGGAAGCGAAUGCUGCUGUAACGUUGCAAGCCGUACAAAGGUUGGGUCAACCGGCGGGAAAUGAAAAUAGAAACGGAGAUGGAAAUGGAACUGGGAAUAGAGACGGAAAUGGUAAUGACUUGGGAGGUGCUCCGAUGACCUUGGCUUCAUUUCUGAAAGUUCAUCCACCAACUUUUAGAGGAUCGACUAACCCUACGAAAGUGGACAAUUGGUUCCAAGCUAUGGAGUGUGCAUUGCAAGCUCAGCAUGUCCCAACUAACCAAAAUCUCUUGGGAUGUAUUUCAACGGUGUUCUAUAAGAAGUAUUUUUCGGAGUCGGUGAGAGAGGCAAGGGAGUUAGAGCUUAUGCAGCUGAAGCAAGGCUCAAUGUCAGUAGCAGAGUACAGAAGCAAAUUUGAAGAGCUGUGUAGGUUUUCAAGAGUAUGUCAGAGAGCCCCUGAGACCUAUGAGAGUUGGAAAUGUAUCAAGUAUCAAGGAGGCCUCAAGGACGACAUUAUGACUGCUAUAGCUCCCUUGGAGAUAAGAAUAUUCUCGGAACUAGUCAACAAAGUGUGA